AUGUCCAACUCCACGUCCAAGCCGGAGAACUCGCUCAAAUUAACGCUGGAGGCAUGGUCUCAGGGUUUCAUGGUCGGUGCCCUUGUGAUCAUGUGUGGGAUUACUCUGGCCAAUAUGCGUGGGGGUGUCCUUCUUCACAAACUCAUCUUGAUCGAGCUCCUUCUCGCCGUACCAAACGGCUUUUUCAUCUUCUUCGACCCCCCGGUAUGGGGCUGGUACCUCUCUUCCACUGCCGUCCCGCUCAUCACAUCGUGGACGCUGCACAAUAUUGUCGCGUGGCUGAAGAACAAACCAUUCCUGGACCGUCGAGGCAGCCGGCUCUACAUUGGUAGCGUUCUUCUCGUCCAGCCGUACUGGGUCCUCGAAAUCUAUGCAAACUUUACCUACUUUAAUGGCAUCAAUCGCCGUCUCUUCAUUGCGACGCGACCGUAUGAGGCGCUCUUCCGCGAUCCUUGGUGGAUAUUCACCAUCAUCAACCUCUUCUGGAACAUCAAGUUCCGGUACGAACUCAGCUUUGUCGAUAUCAUGAAAGUAUCCCCCCGCUUCACGACUCUACUCUUCUGCAUGGUCCUGAGUGUCAUUUUUAUUGUUAUAGACCUGUUGUCGGUCACACGGGUGAUUCCCAUUGGUUCCAUCAACCCUUUUUGGAAGUUUGCUUUUGUCUUCAAGUGUUUCACCGACAGUAUCAUUCUCGAUGACUUCAAGACGGCCCUAGAUAAGCUGAGUCGGCAUAAGAUGAACCGCCUCCUCCCAUUCAGCAUCGCCAUGGACAACUCUUGGGCGCAAGAACCUGGGAGAUGUUAUCGGAUGUUGGUGGGCUCUGUAGCCCUUCCCCAGCUAUUGUAA